AUGAAGCGUCGCAGCAACACUCCCAUUGCUCUAGAGAAUCGUGUUUCCAGGAUGCGUCGAGCGGAUCAACCCCGAGCGAACAAGGCGUGGCACGCGGUGCUGGACUUCUUCAAAAACAACAUCCCAGAGCUCCACGUGACCGAGCAGACGUUGACCUCUCCCACCGUAAGUUCGUUUAUGAUCCGUUUUUUCGAUUUUUAGGCUGAUCUCCUCAUUUUUUGCAUUUUCAACAAAGUUAUGGCCAAUAUUAUUUUAGGGAGAUGAUGUCCGAAAAGUUUAUACCACAAUGCUGCUGUUCACGGGGAUUUGCACUCCGGCCGACCUAUUUCUAGACAAUAUGGAUCAAAUGGACGAGGAAGAGUCCGCCAGACAUGGAGCAGCACUUCUCCGCGAAAUGUAAGAGCAUGAACUUGGUGGUCUACUACAAUAUAAUUUAGGCAGAUGUUUGUCGAGAAAUUCAGCCUGGACAAGAAGCACUUCAGCAUCACGGACUUGGCCAACCCAGAGCCAGUCAGAUUCUUGGGAUUUUUGAAGGACAUGAUCAAGUUUUUUAACGUUAGAGUUGAGCGGCAGGGAGAUCUGACGGAAUUGUUUCAGAAAAGAGUAAGUUCUUCAAAAUUUGUUGUUCAAUGUUUAGGAUGAGAUUAUCAAGAGGCAAGCUGAAGCUCCAAUUCUUUUGGAGGCACUUCGAGGAGAGGAAGCCCAAUUAUUGGCAAGUUUGGACAAGAUUCGAAGGAAAAAGGUCGAUGUAAGUCAAAUGCUGAGAGAAGCGAUGAAAUUAUGGUGUUAUUAGGGUAUCUAUGGAAGAAUGGAAGGUUAUGGAAGGUGUUUUGGACUGUUUUACAAAAUUUUGGAUAUUACUUUAGAUAAAUUUUUAGAAGAAGGUUUAAAAAAAGAGUAAAGCACUGGUUGGAAAGUGAAUUUUUCUAAAGAAUAUGUAACUACAAUGCUGUUUUGAGCUUUUAGAAUUUAUUUUAGGAUGAUUGCAGUAUUUCCGGAUAUUACUUUAGGUAUAAAAAUUGAAUUUUUGAGCGAUAUUGUUAUCAUGAGCGUUGUUAAUGCUUAGAAUACUUAAAAUUUUGACGAUUAGGUGCUUUUAAACCCUUUUUGAAUUGGUUUAGGAUAAUUUUAUAUAUUACUUUAGGUAUAAAAUAUCAAUUUUUAGUCGGCCUAUCAAAUCGAACAGAUGAAAAAGCGCGAGAUUGAGUUGAAAAAGGAGAUGAACGAAUUGGACGAGCGAAUUCCCAAGGAAGAAUACGAAGUGGCCGAGGAAAAAAAGAAAGUUGAAGCGCUGAAGGAGCGCCUGAGCCAGCAAAAAGAGGAAAUUAAUGAACUGCGCGGCAAAAUGAUCCAAUCUCCGGAUCGCCAACGCGCCGAAAUGAAGCGACAGGAGGGGGAGUUGGCGAAUUUGAUGACUCGAAUUCAAAUGAGCGAGAAUUCCAUCGAAAGAUUCGCGAAACAUAUCCAUGAAUUGGAACAGGUUGAUCAUCAUUUCGACAAUUUUUGCGAGACCCUCAACCAUGUGAAACAGGAGUUUGAGACGCUGGAACAGGCCAGACGACAGUCCACUUCACUCCAAACCAAGCUGGAGAAUGUGAGAGUGAAAAGAAAAAAGAUUGAGGACGAAGCGAAGAAGCUGGAACAAAAAUACGAAGCCGAGAAGAAUAAUGAAGCCAUGAAGCAAGAAAGAAUGAACAAUGAGAUUCAACAAUACGAAUCGCUGCUUGGCCAGAUCAAUGAGUAGGUCGAGGGGGCUUUUGCACAGUGCAGAGGCGAUUUUUGGAAGUUUUGAGCGUUGUAGCGGAACUUUUUAUGAAUUUCUUUUUGUGUGAAGAAUUGAGAGGUCUAAUAGAGUUUAUUCAACGGGAGGUUUUUCAAUUUGGGGUUUACACAGUGCAUAAGAAACAGUUUUUCGAAAUUUGCACAGUGCGGUUAAACUUUUUUGAAUUUUUGCACAGUGCAAACGGAUUUUUUUGCAUUUUUGCUACGAGUAAUAAAUUUAGAGGUCUACCACAGUUUUCUGAUCGAGCCAUAUUGGAAUUUAGGUUCUGCGCUGUGCAUAACAAAGAAUUUUUCGAAUUUUGCACAGUGCAGAGGCGAUUUUUGGAAGUUUUGAGCGUUGUAGCGGAACUUUUUAUGAAAUUCUUUUUGUGUGAAGAAUUGAGAGGUCUAAUGGAGUUUGUUCAACGAGAGAUAUUUCAAUUUAGGGUUUGCACAGUGCAUAAAAGACAGUUUUUCGAAAUUCGCACAGUGCAGAGCAGAUUUUUGGAAAGUUUAGGCAUUGCAAUGGGACUUUUCUUGAAUUUCAUUUUGUAUGAAGAAUUGAGAGGUCUAAUGGAGUUUGUUGAACGAGAGAUUGUUCAAUUUAGGGUUUGCACAGUGCUUAAAAAAGAUUUUUCGAAUUUUGCACAGUGCAGAGGCGAUUUUUGGAAGUUUUGAGCGUUGUAGCGGAACUUUUUAUGAAUUUUGUGUUAUAUGAAGUAUUAAGAGGGUCAAUAGUUUGUUUCUAAACAAGCCAUAUUUUAAUUUAGGGUUUGCACAGUGCAUAAAAAAUAGUUUUUCGAAAUUUGCACAGUGCAGAGACGAUUUUUGGAAGUUUUGAGCGUUGUAGCGGAACUUUUUAUGAAUUUCUUUUUGUGUGAAGAAUUGAGAGGUCUAAUAAAGUUUAUUCAACGAGCCAUAUUUUAAUUUAGGGUUUGCCCAGUACAUAAGAAACAGUUUUUCGAAAUUUGCACAGUGCAGAGGAGAUUUUUGGAAGUUUUUUGCGUUGUAGCGGAACUUUUUAUGAAUUUUGUGUUAUAUGAAGAAUUAAGAGGGUCAAUAGUGUGUUUCUGAACGAGCCAUAUUUUAAUUUAGGGUUUGCACAGUGCUUAAAAAAGAUUGUUUCGAAAUUUGCACAGUGCCGGGGAGAUUUUUGGAAGUUCUGAGCGUUCGAUAAAAGGCGGAACUUUUAUCGAAUUUCUGUUUGUGUGAAGGAUUGAGAGGUCUAAUAGAGUUUAUUCGACGAGAGGUAUUUCAAUUUAGAGUUUGCACAGUGCAUAAAAAAGAGUUUUUCGAAUUUCGCACAGUGCACUUCAAACUUUCUUCUUAUUGCACGUUUCGCAAAUUGGAUUUUUGGAUAUUAAAAUGUGGAUUAGAAAUGGAUUUACUUGAGGUUUUGUCACACAAAAUUUUCAGAAAAACUUUCUCUGGAACUAUGCAAAAUCUGAAAACUUUGUUUUUGCACAGUGCAUUUUUAUUUAUUUUUUUUAUUUUUUGCACCGUGCAGACGUUUUUUUACUUGAUGGAAAUAAAUUUGUUUUUCAGACGAAAAGAAGAGCUGGCUGCCCGAUUAUCAAAAAUCGAAUCGGCGAUUGUUACAGUAGAGGGCCAAAUUGAAACCCUGAGGCAAGUUGUGAAGGAUUAUAAUGUGGAAGGAGCCCUCAAAAAGUAUGAAGAAGAGAAAAGUCAACUUGAAAACAAGGUAAAUUUUAUUCAAAUUUUGUUUUUUUGAGAUUUGAAAAAAAAAAAUUUUUUAAUUUUUUUUUUUUUUCAGAUGGUCGAAUUGCUCGAUUUGAAACUCGCAUUGAUGAAUGACAUCCGAAAACUCCAAAAAAUUGAUGAAAACACAAAGGCGAAGCUGGCUGAAGCCCUAAAAAUCCAUCAAGAAAGGGUGAAUGGACGCAAGAAAAUGGUCGAGGAACGGCAGAAAAUAUCCGGAUUCAAAAUUACUCAAAAAUGA